GCCUUAAAAGAAAAGGAAAGAGAAGACGAACCGAACCAAACCAAACCAACACGGUUCAAGAACCAGAGAAUAGCACAGGGAACUGAAGCGUUUGACAGAUACAGAGCAAUCCAGUGGGGUUUGGCAAUGGCGGAUGGCAUUUUGGGAUACCCCUUCAGGCGUCUCUUCUGGAGCCCCACCGUUUAUCGGGAUUGGUCGGGAUCAGCAGCUCUCAUGGACUGGAUUGAGUCUGCUAAUUCCCACACCUUCAAGGUCAACGUCCCAGGAUUUGCCAAGGAGGACAUAAAGGUGCAAAUUGAAGACGGCAACAUUCUGCACAUAAGGGGAGAGGGUGCUAAGGAAGAGUUGCCCGGGAAGGACGCGGCGUGGCACAUAGCCGAGCGAGGGGCGAACAGGAGCGGUUUUUCUCGGGAAAUCGAGUUGCCAGAACAUGUGAAGGUGGAUCAGAUCAAGGCCCAGGUCGAAAAUGGCGUCCUGACGGUGGUCGUCCCCAAAGAUGCUUCCCCAAAGCCUUCCCGAGUUCGCAAUGUCAACAUCACUAGUAAGCUCUAGGGCUUCCCUUGUCAUUGGUGUUGUGCUUAUCCUAUGAUGCGAAAAUUGCAGACAUGAUACUUCAUGUAUGAGACUUGAUAUGUGUUCUGAGGGUUUUAAGAGCCAUGCUGGACGUGGCUGUAUCGUGUCAUCUUGUCUAUUGGCAUCACUUAUUUUCAUUUUUCA